GUGAAUCAGAAAUUCGGAAGAGACGGCACAGAGCAAAGUCUGUGUAUUUGGAAUCCAUCUGCUUAAGAGCUUCUGCGAACUCUCUGAAAGAUGCAGGCGAGUGAUAGGUUUAACAUAAACUCUCAGCUUGAGCAUCUUCAAGCUAAGUAUGUUGGUACAGGGCAUGCGGAUUUGAGCAGAUUUGAAUGGGCUGUGAACAUUCAGCGUGAUAGUUAUGCUUCAUACAUUGGUCACUACCCGAUGCUUUCGUACUUCGCAAUAGCUGAGAACGAAUCUAUUGGUCGAGAACGCUACAACUUCAUGCAGAAAAUGCUUUUACCUUGCGGCCUUCCUCCAGAAAGAGAAGACGAGUAAGACAGAAAGAGAAAGACAAGUAAGAGCUUGCAAGUGUGUGUGUGCGGCAAUUGAAAAUCAGAAAACAUUCUAUCAUUCUACUUCUUAGAACUCUUUUUCUUUGACUGCAUCACCAAUGUAAUUGUCAAAAAGACUUCUUGUUUCUAGUUCACAGCUCUUGAUUGUAGUAGUCCGAAUUGGUUGGUAUCGAAACAUUUGUACUUGGUCAUAUUAGUCGUCAUACAAUUGUGUCACCUCAGUUCCUAAAUGAAUCUUUUUCGCUA